AUGAGCCAGGAAUAUUUUUCACCCAAGGGCAAGGGGGUCUUGAGGCAGGACCAUGACGAGGACGGCGAAGCAGAGAGCGCGUCGGGUUCCAGUUCGAAUCGUCCAAGAGUUCCGAUGGCGUCGAACGCACCUGCCUAUAUGACUGUUGGCACAGGCUCGACUUCGCAGCAUGCCGCGCGCUUGCAGGCCAUGCUCGAUCAGGACUCUGGAUACGGCGGCAGCGUUGCCGGUGACGAUGUAAGCCCAUCGCCCAUGCCCCACCUGAGCGCUGCCGCAGUUUGGGAUCGUGCAAUCCAUGAAGAUAGGCCAAUACAUUCCCAGGUACGCCCUUCCUCGAACCACGUCGCCACUCCCGACCAUCGCGCCCAGGCGGGAGCCGUUCACCAGCUCUGGUACAACCAGCACCGUGCAACUCUAGGCCGCGCCAUCAGCGCUGUUGUUGAGCUGUUGAGGGAGCUCCAGGAGAAGAACGCGGUAUGGCCGGCGCAUUAUCCAUCAGUCCAGCGAGCUGCGCUCGACGCACCGUCACAGCCAGCCUCGAGGCCCGGUCUUCACCAAUCCUACUCGGUCGCCGGAGACCUCGCAAAUACGCCAUCAUUCGCGACGCCGGCCCCGCCUCUUCGACGAGCUAUGACCUCUCUUGAGGAUGCUGAAGCCGAGUCCAGCAGGACUGCCGAGAACAGGCCACCACCAGAACCACGGCUUGUCACUCCCCAAAUCGCGCAGGAAUUUUCCGUCCUGAAGCUGGAUCUGAAGUUGGGCGCAUUGCACCAAGCCGAACUCGUACAUUCAUUGGAGAAAGGGUCGAUUGCUGCCUUACUAGAUGGCAGGAUCCAGUCGAGCAUCAAACACCUACAGUCCCUCCGGGAGCGCAUUGAGGACACGUCAAGCAAGGUUCUGGUGACGGGCGAUUUGAAUGCGGGCAAGUCAACUUUUUGCAAUGCAUUGUUGCGGCGCAAGAUUCUCCCAGAAGACCAGCAACCGUGUACUAGCAUCUUUUGCGAGGUCCUCGACGCGCGCGAGAAUUGCGGCAUUGAAGAAGUCCAUGCCGUCCACAAAGACGCAAUCUACGACCGGCACGACGAGUCCACAUACGACGUCUACUCACUGCAAGAGCUGGAAAAGAUUGUCGUGGACAACACAUUGUACAUGCAGUGCAAGGUGUAUGUCCGGGACGUUAGGACCAUAGACGAAUCUCUUCUCAACAAUGGCGUGGUGGAUAUUGCCCUGAUCGAUGCCCCCGGGCUGAACAUGGACACCACCAAAACCACUGCCAUUUUUGCGCGGCAAGAAGAGAUUGACGUAGUCGUGUUUGUUGUCUCCGCCAGCAAUCACUUUACCCAAACGUCGACCGAGUUUAUCAGGGCUGCCGCCGCCGAAAAGGCCUAUCUCUUCAUCGUGGUCAACGGCUACGACACUAUUAAGGAUAAGGAGCGAUGCCAGAAACUGAUCCUCAACCAAAUCAGUGCGCUGAGUCCCGCCACGCACAAGGAGGCCGCCGAGCUGGUUCAUUUCGUGUCCAGCGCAGCUAUACCCAUGGCACCUGCUCCACCAGGGGGUCCUGGGGGUGGUGGCUCUGGCAGUGCAAGCGGCAGUGGGUUCGACGACGACCCGGGAGACAAUGAUCCAAAAGGUAAAGGCAAGCAGAAGGAGAUGGUGCGAGACUUCUCCGCUCUUGAACAGUCCUUGCGCAGGUUCGUCCUGGAAAAGCGCGCGCGCUCCAAGCUGGCCCCGGCCAAGACGUAUCUUAUAAACAUCCUGAACGACGUCAAUCUGCUAGCUACGGUCAAUGCUGAAGUCGCACAAUCCGAGUUCGACAGGGUGGACAAGGAGUUGCGGAUUAUCGAACCUCAGCUCGAGUCCAGCAAGAAGGCUAGUUCAGAAAUCAGCGACCAGAUCGACCAGACCAUCGAAGAAACCUGCAAGGAGGUCUAUGAUUACUCCCGUUCAACUAUAAGCUCGGCAAUCGCUCAUGCUGGGGAACAUGAUCUCGGUAUCCCCUACCCGGGAUUGUUUGGUGCGUUCCAGUAUGCAGACGAACUCAAGGAGGCGAUGCUCUCGCAGAUUGCCGCAUCGGUGGUGCAAUGUGAAGAGCACGCCCGCAGCCGGACUGUCAGAGGUGUCAACAUGAUCAAGCAGCUGGGCAUUCUUCACUUGGGGAACGAAUUUGAGAACCUCAACUUCAAGUCUGAUAUCAUGUUUCAAACGAAGAAGCAUGCACUGGCUCGUCACGUGCAUGUAUCGACAGAGUUCUGGGACUUUAUCGACUGGUCCACGCUGUUCCAGAGGGAAGAGAAGGCCGGCAUGGUCCUGACGGUUGCUGGCGUUGUGGGCACGGGAGUGAUUGGCGGUUAUGGCCACAUGAGCGUUGCGCUCCGUGCUGCUCAGGUGCUUGGGAGCGACAAUCUCCGCCGGCUUAUCGUUCCCGGUAUGAUUGCAGCAGCUGUCGCAAUGGCCUUCUACGUCCUUAACCAGAUCCCGCACUCGCUGCCUCAUCGUCUCAGCAGCAAGAUCUCGCACCAGCUCGAUUCCAUCGACUAUGUCCACUCGAACAGCACUCGCAUCUCGAGCACGGUGCGUAAGGUUCUGUAUAUACCAUCCAACUCGUUGCGAGUUGGCCUUCAACGUUCCGUUGAGCAGCUCGGCAGCCGACGUGACGAGACGCUUAAAGUGCGCAAGGAGAGCCACAACGCUCUCAAAUACUUUACCAAUCUUGCCCAAAGAAGCGCCCAUCAACGCCACCAAAUCGAAACAGUCGAUCUCGAUGCACAUCCUCCUGGACCAAGCACUAUCCACUGA